GGACAUGUAAAAUACUAAAUACUACACAUACAACUAUAUAUAAAGUCAGAGAAGGCAAGGAGUUUAAGACAUCCUCCUCUCCACAUAAACGUUGUCAAAACAAAGGCCUUAAAAGCAAGCAUUAAUUAUUGUGAGGUGAAGCAAAGAGAAACAGAAAAUGGGAGUACAGGGUACCUUAGAAUACUUAUCUGAUUUACUAAGUAGCAAGAAAAAGAAGAAGAAGAGGAAGCAAACUCAAACUGUAGCUCUUAAAAUCAGAAUGGAUUGUGAAGGGUGUGCUCGCAAGGUUAAGCAUGUCCUUUCUGGUGUUAAAGGAGCAAAGUCAGUGGAUGUGGACAUGAAGCAGCAAAAAGUAACAGUGAGUGGAUAUGUUGAAGCAAAGAAAGUGUUGAAAGCUGCUCAAUCAACAAAGAAGAAGGUUGAACUUUGGCCUUAUGUUCCAUACACUAUGGUGGCUCAUCCUUAUAUAUCUCAAGCCUAUGAUAAGAAGGCACCUCCUAAUAUGGUUAGAAAGGUUGCUGACACUUCCAACAUUAAAGAGACCACCUUCGACGAUACCUAUGUUGAAAUGUUCAGUGAUGAAAAUCCUAAUGCCUGCUCUGUUAUGUAAUCAUUCAUUAACAAUGAUUUUGUGCUUUUAUAUAUGAAAAUUAAAUUAUGUCAUUUUUUCAUUCUGAAAUUUUAGUUACUAGUAGUAUAUUAGAUUAGAGUUUAGAUAUUGAACCUCUUUCUCAUAUUUUUUUGGAGUAUUCUAGUUCAACUACUUAUUUGUUAGGAAAAUAAGCAAGUUAUGCCAUCAAUUAUGUGAUAAGAAUGAUGAUCUUUGAGGAAAUUUAGUGUGAGAAAUUAAAUUAGGUAUUACUAUAUAAUAGCAGAUAAUAAUAUAUGUUUGCAUAA